AUGCGCAACGACAUGCCAGGAGUGUACAUCAGGGGUCGCGCCAGGGCUGGACGCGGGGUACUGUCUGCCGACGUUGGACUAGAGCAUUUGAUCUGUGGUUGCAACGCGUCGCAAAGACUUUUCAGUGGACCUGAUACGAUUUUCAAGGGUAGAUAG